AUGCGCGUCUCUCUCCUUCGCAAAGUGCCUGCUCCUAGUUCAGGUUUAUUACAUAGAACUCGCUCUAGCGUCUCCGGGGGCUUUCACCGGCGGAUCGUCGAAUCUUUCCACGGACAAACCGACCAAAAACCGCCAAGUUCUUCGGCCGCCCAAAACACUUCAUCAGCAGAAACGCCCCAGCAAAAACCAACAUUCCAACCACAACAACAACAACAACAACCCCUAAUCUACCCCAGCGCCCCAUCUCCCCAUCAUACCUCCCUCACCACCUUCCUCGCCUACGCCACACGCACCGGCCUUGACCAGUCCUCCACCGUCUACGUCGGCACCCACUUCGAGUACACCACCGCCGCGGCCCUCUCCCCCUACGGCUUCUCCCUACGCCGCGUCGGCGGCAGUUCCGAUGGCGGCAUCGAUCUCCUAGGCGUCUGGACUCUGCCACGUCCCGCAGCUACCCGUAGCCGGACUGCCAUUUUGACCACCCCGCUGCGGGUCCUCGCGCAGUGCAAGGCUAUCCAACAGCCUGGGCCGCACCUGAUACGGGAGUUGGAAGGGGCUUUUGCGAGUGCGCCGGCAGGGUGGCGGGGCACGAAUGGCGGGGUGAUUGGGGCACUAGUGGCGGAACGGCUGGCGACGAAAGGGAUUCGGGAAGCGUUAGCGCGGAGUAGGUGGCCGAUGGUGUUUGUGGCAUGUUCGCGGGCGGGGUACGUGGAGCAGUUGAUGUGGAAUCGGAGGGCGGAGGACGAAGGGUUAGAGGGGUAUGGUGUGGGUAUGAAGUAUAACGCUUCGGGUGAUGCGAGAGAGUUAGUGUUAACGUGGAAGGGAAGGAAUUUACCGUUGGGGCCGAAGGAGACGAAGGGGUGA